AAUAGAAUCAUUGUUUCGAGUACAACGAACGAACGAACAUCAUCACAGCGAAAAUCAAAAAUGGCACAAAUAGCGACUCUUGUCUUCAUCAUUGGAUGCUUCUAUUUGGCAACUGGUGCUUUUUUGCCUGCAAAUAACUUCAAUCAUGAUAUAGAAGAAUUGUCAAAGAAACUCGCACGUCCACAUUGGCCUCUAAGACCGCCACAUCUUCCUAGACCACCACAUCAUCAUCAUUCCGACGAAUCUGAGUCCAGUUCGCCUGAAUCUGAUUCCCAUUCGGCUGAAUCUGAUGAAUCGAAAGAGCGACCGCAUCCUGGAAAGCCUACACGUCCGCCACGACCAACACCACCUGUGAACUGUACUCAUCCAAUCGAACCGACACCACCAAUUGAAACACCAGCUCCAGAAACCGAAGCACCAGAAACCGAAGCUCCAGAAACCGAAGCUCCAGAAACUGAAGCUCCAGAAACCGAAGCCCCAGAAACCGAAGCUCCAGAAACCGAAGCUCCAGAAACCGAAGCUCCAGAAACCGAAGCUCCAGAAACCGAAGCUCCAGAAACUGAAGCUCCAGAAACCGAAGCUCCAGAAACCGAAGCUCCAGAAACCGAAGCUCCAGAAACCGAAACUCCAGAAACUGAAGCGCCAGAAACCGAAGCACCUGAUACAGAAGCUCCAGAGACUGAAGCACCAGAGACUGAAGCCCCAGAAACCGAAGCCCCAGAAACAGAAGUCCCAGAAACUGAAGCUACAGAAACCGAAGCUCCAGAAACCGAAGCUCCCGAAACCGAAGCUCCAGAAACCGAUGCACCUGAGACAGAAGCUUCAGAGACUGAAGCUCCAGAGACAGAAGCUUCGGAGACAGAAGCACCAGAAACUGAAGCUGCUGCUGAAAGUGAUCCCUAAACGAAAAUCUGAAUUGUGCUCUAAAGAUACCUGACCUUGGAUCGUAAUUUUAUGUGUAAUAGGUAGUAAUGGUGUAGAAUUGAAAUAUAUCAGUCAUUUUAUUGAA